CACUCAAUCGGCAGAAUGGGACGCGUAACGAUUGUUUCCUCGUUGGUGAUAGUGGCGGCAGUGAUCGGGUCGAUCUCGAGCUACCAGGUAAAACCGGCCAACUACGCCAAACUGGUGGAGAAGCAGAAGAAGUUUGACGAGGCGUUCGAGAAAGAGUUCUACGUGGAACAUACCAAGUAUGUUGAGACGGGUGAGCGAUCGGAGCGGCUCGAGGAGAUGUUUGAGCAUAUGCGCCAUCAACCCGACAUGUUCCGAAUGGAGAUGGACAAUCAUCCGCUACCGUACCUCACCGUGGAAUGUACGGCUUGCCGUGCCUUGGUUACGACCUACCUCACCUACCGUCGUGUGCUUGGUUGGGAUCGCGAUCGUAUUGCGGUGCAGGCGGCUUCUACUUGCGAAACGCUUAACAUCCUCACCCCGGCCAACUGCUUGAAGAUCGUCAACAAGAACAUCGACAUCUUGCUGUACAUCAUCGAUAACCGUCCGUCCCUGUCGGCGCAGACCAUCUGUGGCAUUAUCUUCCAGUCGGGAACGUGCGUACUAGAGGAUCCUGCUUUCUUGAACUGGUCGAUCAAUGUACAAGCCGGAGGACGCCCUAUUACGGGGUCCAAAACUUCUCCGAACCGUGGUGCCAGUGACAUCAAGAUCAUCCACAUUACGGACGUCCAUUACGAUCCGCACUACCGUACCGGUUACAAUGCGGUGUGUGGUGAGCCGUGCUGUUGCCGCGAGGGACAAGGAAUUCCAUCCAAUCCGGCUGACGGUGCUGGUGAGUGGGGAGACUACCGAGAUUGUGAUUCUCCGUGGAAGGCGGUUGAGGAUGCUGUCCGUGCGGCCGCCCGUCAGCAUCCGGAUGCGGCGUACGUGUAUCACACCGGAGACAUUAUCGACCAUGGUGUGUGGGAGACGACAGUCGCUGGUAAUAUUGUCUCGAUGACGCGCACUCUUCAGCUGUUCCGGGACGUGUUUGGCAGCAAGCCCGUAUACUCCGUGCUCGGCAAUCACGAGAAUAAUCCCACGAACGUGUUCGCGCCGAGUUACAUCGAUCGGACCGAUUUCUCUGCCAGCUGGUUGUACGAUUUCUCGGCGGACCAGUGGUCUACUUGGUUGCCGACGGCCACGCAACAAACUAUCCGCCAGGGUGGCUUCUACACUGCGCUGGUUCGCCCCGGGUUCCGUAUCAUCGGCAUGAACAACAACGAUGCGUACACGUUCAACUGGUGGAUUCUGUACGAUCCGACGUACCUUCAGGCACAGCUUCAGUGGGUGCACGAUACGCUCCUGCAGGCGGAAGCUGCCGGUGAGAAGGUGCACAUCCUGGCCCACAUACCCAUCGGUACUGGAACGAGCUAUCGUACCUGGGCUCGUCAGUAUCGUCGCAUUCUGGAUCGGUUCUGGGAUGUCAUCACGGCUCACUUCCACGGACAUACGCACGCCGAUGAGUUCAAUGUGUUUUACUCGCUGGCUAACCCUCAGCAUGCUAUCAGUGUCGGAUUCAACGGUGGCGGUACCGUACCGUUCAGCAACUACAACCCCAACUAUGUGGUGUACUACGUCAAUCCGCAAACUUUCCAAGUGACGGACUUUGAAUCGUGGUACUUCAACCUGACCGAAGCCAACCAGAACCCGAACCGUAGCCCCAUCUGGACGCAGCUCUACUCGUUCAGCCGGGACUUCCAGCUGUCGAACACGAGCCCAGCCUCACUCGAUGGGCUUGUCCGCCGGUUUGCCUCGAACCCGACCGAUCUGCGCCGCUACUGGGAGAUGAAGGUGAAGCGAGGCGAUCCGUUCCUGGCCGCCGGCUGUGAUGGGGACUGUCUUUUGAACCAUCUGUGCGAGAUCGUCACCAACGAGGCAAACGAUGACAGUAAGUGUAACACACUGGCAGCCAUUUUCCGCAACCUGGACGACGAGCUAUUUGACGAGCAAAAAUAA